GUUCCCUGAAUCUAAUUAUACGGAGUAAGAAUACAAGCUGCCAUCGCCACGUUGUGAUCGCCCGAUUUUAAUGCUGAAAUUAUAUUCUCGACGAUCAGAUUGAGGACAUGUCACAUGUGCUAUGCAGCGGAUAUAGCUGUCUAGUCCUUGAAAAUGAACCGUCAUUCGAUUGCAAGCCAAACAUAGCUCUGGUACCAUUACUAUAUGCUUACCUCCCGAUUUAUUCCCGAAGUAACGCAGAGAUUUCGAUCAAGCCCAACUCUAGAGGUGCGAGCCAGUGAUUCGGACGUCAGACGUUUUAUAGAGGGUCGGAUACCACGUCUACCGAAAUGCAUUCGACGCGACGAGGAGCUCCAGCAUCUUGUUCAGGACAAGAUUGCGGAAGCCGUUGAUGGCAUGUUCCUUCUCGCGCGUCUUCACGUCGACUCGCUCCUUGACAAAAGGAAUAAACAGAGUGUUAUUUUCACGCUAGAGAAGCUAUCUAAAGGCUCGACGGCGCUCGAAAAAGCCUAUGGAGAGGCAAUCAAGCGAAUAGACGGACAACUAGAAGAUGACCGUUCGCUGGCUAGGCGUGCUUUAUUCUGGAUAACAUAUGCUCAGAGACCACUUACUACUCGAGAGCUAUGCCAUGCGCUGGCUAUCGAGCCAGGCGAUAAAGCUCUGAACCAUGACAGUGUUUAUGACGUGGAAGACAUUUCCUCCGUCUGCGCUGGGCUUGUUACUGAGUACUUUGAGCGCAUACGCCUGGUAUGGAACACUAGCGCUCAGCAAGAGAUAGCGGUAGCCUGCUUAACGUAUCUAUCUUUCGACGUGUUUCGGAGCGGCAGCUGUGCUAAUGAUAGAGCAUUCGAACAGAGGCUCAUCGAGAAUGCAAUUUACGACUACUCAGCACAUUACUGGAGCGAACAUAUACGACAUGUCGAAAUCAUCACUUCUUGUUUAGCACUAGAAUUUCUCCGCGAUAGCACCUUAGUUGACUCCACCGUACAAGCUGUGUCGAUGUCAGACUAUAAAUAUGAAGGCUAUAGUAGUCAGUUCCCGGAAGGAACGAGCGGACUGCAAUUCACAGCGAGGCAUGGACAGGUUUACUUGACAACUAAGCUUUUGGAAGGCAAACAUGGAGGUCUCGACAUCGAAGCGGACUCGAAGGAUAGUUACGGUCGGACGCCGCUGUCGUGGGCGGCAGCGAAUGGGCACGAGGCAGCGGUACGGCUCCUGGUCGAACGGGUCGACGUCGAAGCGGACUCAAAGGACAGUGACGGUCAGACGCCGCUGUCGUGGGCGGUAGAGAAUGGGCACGAGGUAGUAGUGCGGCUGCGGGUCGAGCGGGACGGCGUCGAAGCGGACUCGAAAGAUGACGGUCAGACGCGGCUGUCGUGGGUGUAG